AUGAAGGCGCCCGAGGCAGAGCCGGAGCGCUGGGAAGGCUCGGCUCGGCAGUCCGCGCUGGAGCGCCCGGCUCUUCGGCUCCUGCUACCUCUGCUGUUGCUGCCCCUGGGGGUGUCCGUCCUGGGGGGGCCCCCGCGCCUCAUCUGUGACAGCCGCGUCCUGGAGCGCUACAUCCUGGAAGCCAAGGAAGCCGAAAAUGUCACGAUGGGCUGCACCGACGGCUGCAGCUUCGGAGAGAACCUCACAGUUCCAGACACCAAAGUGAACUUCCACACGUGGAGGAAGUUGAAGGUGGAGCAGCGGGCGGCUGAGGUCAGGCAGGGGCUGGCCCUGCUCUCGGAGGCUAUCCUGCGGGGCCAGGCCCUGCUAGGCAACUCGUCACGGCCACCAGAGUUGCUGCUGUUGCAGGUGGACAAGGCUGUGAGCGGCCUGCGGAGCCUGUCUUCAUUGCUGCGGGCUCUGGCUGCCCCGAAGGAAGCUGUCUCCCUGGCCAGUGUGGACCUGGAUGCCCCUGCUACCUCCCCCUCUGCGUCCCUCCGGACAUUCACAGUGGAUACUUCAUGCAAACUCUUCCGUGUCUACUCCAACUUCCUCCGGGGCAAGCUGACGCUGUACACGGGGGAGGCCUGUGGGCGAGGGGACAGGUGACAGCGCCCUGACUGCCCACUGCCAUCGCUCGGCACCACCACUCCCACCCCCACGGACACUCCAGGACCAGCAGCGAUGUGUCAGGGACCAACAAAUUGCCCAGAGCUUGACUCGGACCCAAGAGUGUCACAGGGCCAGCUUGAGGCCCUGACACAAGAGGAGGUCAAAAACAGCUGAGUUGGGGAGGGGGGGGGUCAGGGCAGGAAAGUCACUGUCACCUCAGGACCCAGCAGGAUGGUGACAGCCACGAAGGGUCAGUGACUUUUUUCUACACAGGGACAGGAUGGCCGGAGAACUUUGGAAUGAGCUAUGGAUUGUUCAGGUCUGGGGGAUCCCGGGCCCCCGGGGGCUGGCCCCCGGUGCUCUGGUGUGGGGGCACAGCUGCUGUAUUUACAAGCCCACUUGGAAGAAUGGGAACCACCUGGCUGUCUGCUUGUCUGUCUUCCCAGAAGCCCACCCCCACCUCAAACCUCACUUCUGCCCUGACCGGGCAGCAGGAAGCAGGUGGAUCAUGGGUGGUGGAGGGGCUGGGUCCUACGUGCUGCCUGGCAGGACCUAUCUGGCCCCUGGACCCUCCCCAGCCCCCCCUGGGCCUGAAACCAGGUGCUCAGCCCAUGCGGGUUGAUUUGGUUGGUUACAGGCUUCCCGCCCCCCUGGCACCAGUCCUGUGUGAGCCAAGGAUGCUGUCGAGGAAACAGGAGUCAGGCAGGGCUCCCAGGGCUGGGGCAGCUGCCAACCCAGCCUCAGGACCUGCUAGUCUCCUGCCUCUGUUGUGUGCCCCACAACCCCCAGGAUGAUGCCAUUCCUGGACACGCAGCCUCGUGCACAGAACCAGCUGCCCAUCGGUUCCCCAUCCUGCCCAGGACUACUCCCCAGGGCAGAUGAUAUCUAGGGCCUCUGUUCCCUGGUGCCAGCCUGUGCUUAGUGCCACCACAGUGGUUCACCUUGCUACCUGGGCACAGUUCCACAGCCCCAGGAUUUAGAGAGAUGGUGGGAGAGACAGAGAUCAGGAAAGACUCCACAGCACCACAGCUUCCUCCAGGGCCAUAGCAGUUCCUGCUUCUUCUUUCCUUCUUUCCUCCUUGGCUUAUUUAUUCAUUAUGAGAGAGAUGAGGGAGAAAGGGAGAGCGAGAGAGAGACACCAGAGCACAUUAACUCUGGCAUAAGGUGGUGCUGGGAACUGAGCCUGUGGCCUGUGGGUGUUCUGACAGGCUGAGCUACCUUCUGAUCCAUGACUUAGUUGUUCAUGCAGCCGUGUGUGUGUGUGUGUGUGUGUGUGUGUGCGUGUGUGUGUGCGCGUGUGCGUGUGUGUGUGCGUGUGUGCGUGUGUGCGUGUGUGUGUGUGUGUGUGUGUGUGUGUGUGUGUUGGGGAAACUUCAUGCUUUCCUAACUUUGCUGCUCACGGGUCAGCUUUUUCCAUUUCCUUCUUUUUUUCGUUCAAGUAGAAAGUGAGAUGAAAGAAAGAAGGAAAGAAAGGCCACAGCACUGGAGUUUCCCCUGGUGCUGGGGCCCACCCAUGUAGUGCUGGGGCUGGAAACCUGGCCGUGUGCAUGACAAGGCAUGCACCCUACCCGGUGAGCUAUCUCUCCUAUGCUGUAUGCAAUUCUCGGAGAAAGUCAGGGCUUUCAAACCCACUGAACAGAAAACAUAUCAAAUUCCAAGGCCAAGAUCACCCACCCUUCUCUGCUUCUGCUUACUCCUCCCAUGGAACCUCCCCGCCCAUACACACACCUGCUUUCUAAGUCCCCUGAGACAAGGGACAUGGGACAAAGGGCCCUGAUCUGGUGCAGUAUGCAGAUGACAAGAGAUGUCACAAAACUGGAUGCCCCCACCACACACACACACACACACACACACACACACACACACACCAUAGCUCGGGGUGGUGGGGCUCAGGCUUUCUGCUUAGACCGACAGAUUUAGAGAAGCUGUAGCAAACACAGGAGAGGAAGAGGCCGUUUUGUAAUCCAUGGCAGGAAAAAUGACGGGCUGGGUAGGGGGACUGGAAAGUGAGUGUGAGGGGCUGUGUCCUGGCAGGAGAUGGACUGCUGGGCUACACUGCCCUCUGCAGGCUUGACCAGAAAGUGCUAGAGAAACUCCACAGGCUCCCAGAUGCUUUGGGCUCUUCCUCACCAGGCGUUUCCACAAGUGACAGUCUGUGUUGUAGCACCAAGAGGGUCCACGGGGUGGGUUUGCAGACAGGCAUGAGGUCCAAGGUUUGAUCCCUGGCAUCUCAUGCACCAGACUGAUGCUCUGGUGCUUUCUCUCUUCUCUCAGUCUCUCAUAAAUAAAUUUUUUUUA